AUGCGGCCAGAAGAGAUUGAGAACAUAUUGAAGCGGUUAGAAAAUGGUGAAAUUUCGGAAGACGAUUCCACCGACAAUGAAGAUGACAUAGACUAUUAUUCGAGCCAAAGAGAUCGUCUGAUGGAGCUAGAUGAUGAAGAGGAUGUAGUACAGAGAAACAGGCUUGGAAAGUCGUGCAAGUUGCCGGAGAAACGGGAGAUUAUGAAAUCCAACGUACCCAGAGGAACAUAUCACGAAAAUGUGGCCUCUCACGAAGGCCUAGAAUUGUCGGUCACAAGUUGGAAAGACAACAAACAGAAAAUAUACGGAGGCGAAGAAAAUAAGAAGCAGUCAUGCAUGUCAUAUUUGUAA